GGGCGCAUGCGCGCUCACGCGCACCCGGUCCGAUCUUGUAAAGUCCGAGAGCUGUGGGGGCUGGAGAGGAGUGGCCGUAGCAGUCGGAUGAGUCUUCUGGAAAGUAGCUGAGGGAGCUGGUCAGCGGGACAGAGUAUCCAUAUUUCCGUUUCUGUGUUCAAUAGUUUUGAUUCAUCAUGGAUAAUUUGUCACCAGAAGAAAUUCAGCUUCGGGCUCACCAAGUUACUGAUGAGUCUCUGGAAAGCACAAGGCGAAUCCUGGGUUUAGCCAUUGAGACUCAGGAUACAGGAAUCAAGACCAUCACUAUGCUGGAUGAGCAAGGGGAACAACUAAAUCGCAUAGAAGAAGGCAUGGACCAAAUAAAUAAAGACAUGAGAGAGGCAGAGAAGACUUUAACAGAACUCAACAAAUGUUGUGGCCUCUGCGUCUGCCCUUGUAAUAGGACAAAGAACUUUGAGUCUGGAAAGAACUAUAAGGCAACAUGGGGAGAUGGUGGUGACAACUCACCUGGCAAUGUAGUAUCUAAGCAACCAAGCCGGAUAACAAAUGGUCAGCCUCAGCAAACUACAGGAGCAGCCAGCGGUGGAUACAUUAAACGUAUAACUAAUGAUGCCAGAGAAGAUGAGAUGGAAGAGAACCUGACUCAAGUGGGCAGCAUCCUGGGCAACCUAAAGAACAUGGCUCUGGAUAUGGGCAAUGAAAUUGAUGCUCAAAACCAGCAAAUACAGAAGAUCACAGAAAAGGCUGACACCAACAAGAAUCGUAUUGACAUUGCCAAUACAAGAGCAAAGAAACUCAUUGAUAGCUAAAGGCCUGCUGUACUUCUUUACCUGUUUACUCAGUUCUCUAGCUCCUGCUGGUCAUUUCUUAUUCAGAGUUUGAAAGACUGUGAGAGAAGGACUGGAGAAGGAAUCCUCCCUACUUUCUUACUUUCUGUCUUUUGGGGUAGGUUCUUGCUCAGGCUUCCUUACAGUCUUUCUCAGUUCACUCUUGUAGGCUGCUUUCCAUACGUCACACAGUCACUUCAUCUCUUCAUUUAGCUUCUUUUUGCGUUCAAGAUUUGGAAGCAUUACCAAAGAGCCAUGAAGGAGGCAGCUGUAUAAGUGGCUUUUGUCAUUAUUGGUUGGUUGGUUUGAUUUUGGUUUGUUUGGUUUUGGUUUUGUGGUAAAGAGCAAGAGGAAGGAACAAGAAAUGAAGUUGACUCAUUAAAGAAACUACAGGUCACAAAACAACAGGUUAGUGCUUGGGGUAGGAGCUUUCACACAUGUGUUUUGUUCUAUAUCACUGUUUUUUAGCUUCUGCUCCAAAGGAGAACACAGUGAGUUUUCCAGAAUGAGCUUCACUUCUGAACCCAUAGUGAUUUGUGUACAUAGUAGGUUCUAGGAUCCCAUCUCAUAUUGCACAUGCAGGAACACUAUAUAAAUGAGUGCCUUUUAUUCUCAUACAAUGAGUCAUAGCAUGGUCCCAUUGUAGGCCUGUUAACUUUAUGAAGUUGUCAGUAGCCUUUAAAAGAUGUACAUAUGUGAAAUAGGAGACUUCCUCACUAAAGCAGGGCUUCAAAUAUUUUGGGAAACUUUUUUACAGUGUAUCAUGUGAAUUCAGAUUUACCUCAAUACUAAGAAUUGUGUUUAGAUAUGAAAAAAAAAAACAUGUUUUGAUCUCAGGUAGAAAAAUAGAUUGCUUUUAGUUUUGUGUAGUUUUAGACAUUUAAAAAGUUAUAAUUUGUUACUAAAAGUUGUUUGGAAAAUUAUGCCUUUGGAUUAAUUGGUGACCACACUGCCAUUCUCUCUGCCUUAUGCACAGAAUUAAGUUUAUGUAGAUCCUGAAGUGUUAGGAAACCUGAACUGGUAUCUGUCACCUUUGUUUAAAAAUUAUAAUCUGUACACUUUAGAGCUACCAAAGUAGAUGGUUUGACCAAUAACCAUUGCUUGAUUCUUAAAAUUAAAUUUUGUAAUUAAUGGUAUUGUUCUUUCAAAUAGGUAAUGUUUCUAUGACUUAUUUGUGGGGGCAACCAUUUUAUCAGCUUUUGUUAACAUUAAAUAAAGCAAAUGUCCAUAUGUCAAGCACUCCAAUAGAAAGCUGCAUUAGCUCUUUUCUGAUUUUUACCAGAAGUGUUUACAGGAGUUUCUAUAGUUUGCUGUGAGUCCAUUUUAGACAUUACAUGUCUUAAUCAUUUGAACUUAGAUAUACUGCUGAGUAUUUCUGAGUGAGAAUUACAAGUCACUUAUUGAAGAAGACACGUCUAGCAUAGCAGCAUUGAAAGAGUGAAAAGGACAGUAUUUAAAACAAAAAAGAAAAGCUCUAUGUCAGAAUGAAUAGUUUGUCAGGUACAGAUACUGAAUGUAUGAAGUAUGGUCAAGUAUAAAAUAGUGGAUGGUGCUGUAUCUAAGAGUGCUUUCCUUAUGACAUUUAAAGACAACAUGCCGAUUUGUCUAAAGGAACAGUACCAAAAGGUGGUAUCUAAGGUAUAUUUGGUUAGAUUAUGCACUAAAGCAACCCUUUGCUCUUGCUGGCUGGUGUGAAUGUAUGCCUAUUUCUUUGCCUUGGUUUCCAUACCUGUAAAUGGGAAUUAAUAAAUCCUAUUUUAUAAACUAACUCACAGACCAGUAAUGCCCAGAAAUUUCUUAGCAUAUGCCUGGCUCAGAGGCUACACUGGUAAUCCCAGCGUUUGGGAACCUGAGGCACGGUCAAGUGAGUUGUGGGCCAGCCUAAACUAAAUUGUAUCAAAAAACAGCCCCCUCCCCCAACAAAAUCAACCAACAAGACUCUUAGAAGAGUGCCUAUUAGAUGUAACCAUCAUAAAUGAUAUUUUCUCUAGAAUGAAGAGAGCUCUUUUUGGUCAAAGAUCUGUCUAUGAAUUUGAUGAAAGACAACAUAGCCCCCUCCCCUUCCCAGAGAAAAAAGCAAAGGAGCAGAUACCAAGAACAAUAGCAAGUAGCUCGCACAAGCUGGAGUCACCUAGGUUCUGCUUUUGCCUUGUUUUCUAGUAUAGUGAUCUUGAAUACAAUAGCUAUGACUACAAAUAAAAGCUAGUAUCUUGUACCAAA